GAGUUUGUGCAUGAAUAAUAGUUCCUACCAGAAAUAUUGGACUUGCGAAGUAAUAGUUUGUUUAAGUUCUACAUAACAAAUUAAAUAAUUCCAUAUAACGAAAUAACGUCUAUAUUCAAAUUCGAUACUGCAUAUAAGAACAAAGCAAUUGGUUGUACAUCGGGAAAAGUUCCAUAUCAGGAAAACGUUCCGUACCCCACCGGACUCAGUACUGGUCUCUUAUUGGCUAAUCCUUUAAUGUUUGUGUCAAAUUUAAACUAGAUUUCUAGCUAAUGUUCGCAGUUACUUCUAUAUUCAUACAUCUUGGGUCGUUACUAGUUAAGAAGGUUAGGCUAUGUCAUGCCUAGUUAGCAUGCUAAUUUGGGCUGGUACGGGAUGCAAAUUGUUAGGUAGUCAGUUAGCUAGCUAACUGUAGCAAACAUGAAUCUAUCUUGUUUCUACGUAGGAGUAGCUAGCCAGGUUGUGUUAUGUUAUUUUUCGAUUAGGGUCAUUUUGUUGAAUGAGGUGUCAGGUUAGAUAAUGAGUGGCGAAAUCAAAGUAAGACGAGUGUCUUCGGGGAAGAGGUCCAGGGAUGGACAGAGAAGUCACCUCACGCCCGCAAGGAAAAGAACAAGUGGUUCUGCACAACAGUGUCCAGGCAGCACAGGAGAAAUUGAGCUUUCCAGAGCUAUGAUGACCCAGUCUUUGCAUGGAAAAUUCAAUGAGCAGUACUGCAGUGAUACUGAAGAUUUAUUUGGGGAUUAUGACAGCAUUUUAGCCGACAGCUCUUUCUUGGCAAAGCUCGAUGGAGCGGAAGAGAACGCAAAACAAAAUGACAUUCACUCUGCAACCAGAACAAAAUGCCCCGUGGUUCAGAAGUAUGACAACAUCGACUUCACUUCCCUGAAGUCUUCGACCGAUAACUGUCCGAAACGAUCAUGUGAUGACUCAAUGACCGACUCAAUAUUGGAGGGUUUGGGAGAUGACUCUUUGAUAGACAUUCCAAGUUCACAGCUUGCCUUUCAACAAGACAUUCUUCAAACAGCAGAGAAUAACUGUUGCACAGAUGAGGACAUAACCUCCACCCCUGUGAGACAUCCUGAGAAGUCUUUCAGUGUUGAGAAUAGAAAUGAGAGUCAUAUCACCCACAAGGCAAGGAAGAGCAUAUCAGACCAUCUGAAGAGAACUAUGAUGGGUAAUGCUACAGCUCCUUCCAGUGUGUCACGAACUGCAGUACAGGAGGCGGCCAUAGUUACAAAAGAGAUCAAUGUUGCCAUGGAGGCUAUGAAAGCAGUCUCGGUGGAAACAACGGAUCUUGGGCCUUUCUUUGGUCUCCCCACCAAAGUUAAGGAGCUGAUACGUAAUCUCAAAGGAAUCAACGAUUUAUAUGAAUGGCAAAACACUUGUCUAAACCUUGACUCAGUUCAGCAGAGGAGAAAUCUCAUCUACUCCCUGCCCACCAGUGGCGGGAAGACCCUGGUGGCUGAGAUUCUCAUCCUCAAAGAGCUUCUGUGCAGAAACAAGGAUGCCCUUUUCAUCUUACCCUACAUUUCUCUAGUGCAGGAGAAGGUUCGAGGGUUGGCCAGUUUUGGCGUUGAGCUGGACUUCAUGGUGGAGGAGUAUGCUGGCAGUAAGGGCAGGUUCCCUCCAGUGAAGAGAAGGGGCAAGAGGUCCCUUUACAUUGCCACCAUAGAGAAGGCCCACAGCCUGGUCAACUCCCUUAUAGAGGCUAAUAGACUGGACAAUGUUGGACUGGUGGUUGUGGAUGAGCUACAUAUGUUGGGUGAUGGUAGCAGAGGUGCUAUCAUUGAGAUGACUCUAGCCAAGGUGAUCUAUGUCAGUAAUUUAACUCAGAUCAUUGGAAUGAGUGCUACUUUAGGUAAUGUCCAAGAUCUUCAAAGGUUUCUGAAGGCAGAAAACUACACUAAUGACUUCCGACCGAUCGAGUUGAAGGAGUAUGUGAAACUGAAGGACAGUAUAUACGAGGUGACUCCUAAAGAGGAAGAGUGCUUCAGGUUCUCCCGACUUCUGAACUUUAAGUACUCCAGUGCAAUGCAGAACAUUGAUCAGGAUCAUAUUGUUGCCCUGGUGACUGAGGUAAUUCCAAGGCAAUCCUGCCUUGUGUUCUGUCCUACCAAGAAGAACUGUGAGAACGUGGCUGCGAUGAUUUGCAAAUAUCUGACAAAGGAGUUUCUUCAGCACAAGCUGGCGGAGAAGGCAACGUUGCUGGGGGAGCUGAAGAACAGUGGAAACGGAUCCCUGUGUCCGGUGCUGAGGAAAACGGUGCCGUAUGGCCUGGCAUACCACCACAGUGGGCUGACAAGUGAGGAGAGGAAGCUGGUGGAGGAGGCCUAUUCCUCUGGGGUUCUCUGCCUCCUCACCUGCACCUCCACACUGGCUGCAGGCAUCAACCUACCUGCCCGGAGGGUGAUUCUGCGUUCUCCGUACGUGGCGGCAGACUUCCUGAAGAGGAGCCAGUACAAGCAGAUGGUAGGGAGGGCUGGGCGGGCCGGAAUAGACACUCACGGAGAGAGUAUCCUCAUCAUACAGGACAAAGACAAAGAGUUGGCCAAAAAGCUUGUCUCUGCACCAAUGGAGAUCUGUAAAAGCAACCUGAUGUAUGAUAAUGGAAAGGGUGUUCUUAGUUUGAUCCUCUCCCUAAUUGGAUUAAAUAUCACAAACAGCCUACAGCAGGUCAUGGACUUCAUGCGUGGCACAUUGCUGUCCGUCCAGGAGAAACAGCUGUGCCUGGAGAGGAGUCUUUGGGAGGUGACCCAGGACUGUGUUGAGCAGCUGAAACAGAAAGGCCUUGUCACAGAGGCUGCAAAGCCAAAGGAGGGAGGUCUGCAGGUUACCAAUCUAGGAAGGGCUACAUACAAAGGCUCAGUGGAUCUGACCUACUGUGAAGUACUGUAUAGAGACCUGUCUAAAGGCCUUGAGUGCCUGAUGCUGGGUAGCUUCCUUCACCUGGUCUACCUUGUUACCCCAUAUGACAUGGUUUCCCAGUUUAAGCCUGACUGGAUGGUCUACUUCAGACAGUUCACAAUGUUGUCUGAUGUGGAGCAGAAGAUGUGUGCAGCAGUUGGUGUGCCUGAGAGUUUAAUUGCUAGAAAGGCUGCUGGCCAGAAUAUGAAGAAGAAUGUGGACCUGGUGGGGGUAAACAGGCUGUACAUGGCCUUGGUGCUGCUCUCCCUGCUGAAAGAGACUGACCUAUGGAGCGUGGCCAACAAGUUCCAGCUCAGCAGAGGCUUCCUCCAAACACUGCUCAGCUCGUCCUCUGCCUUCUGCUCAUGUGUGCUGCACUUCACAGAGGAGCUUGAGGAGUUCUGGCCCUUCAAAGCCCUUCUGACGGAGCUGACCCGCAGGCUGACCUAUUGUGUCCAGGCUGAGCUAAUCCCUCUAAUGGAGGUAGCCGGAGUUAUGGAGGGAAGAGCCAAGCAUCUGUACAACGCUGGGUACAAGACAUUGGCUCAUCUGGCAAAUGCAGACCCAAACAUUCUUGUGAAGACUGUGGAGAACCUCUUCAAGAAGCAAGCCAAUCAGAUUGUUGCUUCUGCAAAAAUGCUACUAAAUGAGAAAGCAGAUGCACUCCAACAGGAGGUGGAAGACUUGUUGAUGAUGCCCCUUGAUCUCCCCUCUUUGUAAAUAUGUUGCUAUGAUGUACAGUAUUUAUGUGAAAAUCCAUUUUAUUGAAUUUGCUGUGAUGUGUGUUGUGUGGUUUGUAGUUUAGAUAUUUUAGUAAUGGCAAUUCCAUCCCAUAGAUAGAUAGAUUAAUAAAUUAAUAAAAAUCUAAUUUAAAAUGGUGUAUCAAAUGAAUUGUGUUGGUGCUGUAUGCAAACAAUUUAAGUGACUUUAUAAAUGAUCUUAAAUGUAGGAUUUUACUUAUUACAAACCUAAGGAGACAUUUUUAUGUUCUCUCAUUGCUUUAAGAAAUCUCAAACCUCCAUCUUGUCUUAUUGAGUUAUUCUGCUUCACAUGUGUUUCUGGACUAUAUUGUCUAGGUUGAAAUCAUGUGACUGAAGUAUGUAUGCUACAUACAGUAGAUAUAAAAAGUCUACACACCCCUGUUAAAAUGCCAGGUUUUUGUGAUGUAAAAGAAUGAGACA